AUGGCAUUUUCGGUGAAAAAGCGCACCAACAGCCGGCUGAACGAGAUCGAAAAGAUCCAAAAGCCAGUUAGAUUUUUGCCAAACACGUACGGAGAUCGUUUCAUCCCGCGCCGAUACGCAUUUUCUCGAUCGAGCCGUUUCAAAGCAGAGAAAAAAAACGACCGUGGAAUCGAUCCUAUUACAUCGAAGGAGCUGCCUGGCUACUGGCGUUCGCAUCACUACGAAAACGUGAUGCAGGACCUCUUCGAACUGGCUCCAUCACGCGACAAGAUACUGACGUUCCGGGAAAGCACCAAUCAGCAGGUCUGCAACAGCCUGUCCAUCCGACGUAGUCUCGAGUGGGAUGCCCGGCCGACCUUCCCGAACCAUCAGAAGCUGGAUUGGAGCUGCCGGCCACGCACGAAGCCCGUCGGGUUCAUCGAGGCCAUGCACGAUCUGCCCAACCUCAAGAAGUAUCAUCACAAGAUUAUCGACUGGUCAGCCGGCGGCCAAAUCGCUGCUAUCUUCAGCAAGAGGCUGGUGAUCUGGACGCCCACCACGGAAGUGACGGUUGGGAUGCGGGCUCAGUACACGACGUCGAUUGCGUUUGAUCCAUCCGGUGAACAGUUGGCGUUGGCGAUCUACAUGCUAAACCGGCCCUGGCUGAACAUCCUGAAAGUCGGCGCAAGCUCCUCUGGCCGCGUGGGCUCACUCAAGAUGCUCGAGCCAGUGGAAUAUUCUAUAAGCUGCCUUGCCUGGGACGGAAGCGGUCAGUUUGUGGUAUGUGGCUUCGACAACGGUCAGAUCUCAAUCGUGCGCGUGCAACCUACCUGUAACCGGAACCAGAGUGAUCGAGAACACAAGUACAACAACCAUGUGUCUUCGAUCUUCGCGAUCAAAUUCUCCUGCGGGAACAAGUAUAUGGCCAGCUCUGACGAGAUGGGUAACCUGUUCAUCUGGCAGUGGAUGGGAGGUAAGCUCGUGCCGAUCACACACUGGACGAGCUCGAUGUGCGCCUUCUUCGACUGGCAUCCGUGGCGCGAGGACGAGAUCGUUAUCGCCGAGAGCGAACCGAUCAUGAUCGCGCUGUUCCACGUUCCGAGCCGCCAAGUGGUGUCGUACUAUCGACGGCAGGACCGCGAUUGUAUCGUGACGACGCUGGCGUUCAAUAAGAUUUCCGGCGAGCUGGUGGUGUGCUAUUCGUACUCGGAUCUCGAGAAGCCGCCCGAAAUACUGGUACUAGCUUCGAUGGAUCGCGUGGUCGAUGUGAUGCGCAACCACGACGACGUCAUCAUCCACCUCCUGUGGAGCCCGAACGGAAGGCAGUUGGCUAGUGUAGGAUGCGACGAAUCACUCACGAUCUGGAACUUCUUCGGAGUAUCGCCAGGCAUUGAUGCCAAGAAGAAGAAGAAGCUACAACACGAACCUCCGGCUAGUACCAGCUCAACGCGGAUCGAUUGCAGUCGUCCCGUAGAAGCCACUUAUCUUGACCUGACCUCGAACUUUCUUUUCAAAGGGAUGCGCUGA